CACACACACCUACCAACGGAUGUGUGUGUGUGCAGGUUAUCUGGAGCAGGGUUUGCUGGUGAAGGACGAGCAGAAGCUACGCGAGCGCUACAUGGUUAGCUUCCAGUUCAAACUGGACCUGAUCUCCAUGGUUCCCACAGACCUGCUGUACUUCGUCUUUGGACUCAGAUACCCAGAAAUCCGCCUCAACAAGCUGUUCAGGUUCAACAGGAUGCUGGAAUUUUUCCAGCGGACGGAGACCAGGACCAACUACCCCAACGCUCUGCGUAUCUCCAACCUCAUCAUGUACAUCGUCAUCAUCAUCCACUGGAACGCCUGCCUCUACUACUCCUUCUCCAAGGCCAUUGGUUUCGGAGCCGACAGGUUUGUGUAUCCCGACCCGUCGGAUCCAGAGUUUGGCCGUCUGAUUAGGAAGUACGCCUACAGCAUGUACUGGUCCACGCUAACGCUCACCACCAUUGGAGAGACUCCGCCCCCCUUGGAGAACUCCGAGUAUAUCUUUGUCGUCACGGACUUCCUGGUGGGCGUGUUGAUCUUCGCUACAAUCGUCGGUAACGUUGGUUCGAUGAUCACCAACAUGAACGCUGCCAGAGCAACGUUCCAGGCUCGCAUCGACGCCAUCAAACAGUACAUGACCUUCCGAAAGGUAACUAAGGAUCUGGAGAAGCGAGUGAUCAAGUGGUUUGACUUCCUGUGGACCAAUAAGAAAGCCGUGGACGAGAGGGAGGUGUUGAAGUAUCUGCCGGACAAACUGAGAGCCGAGAUCGCCAUUAACGUCCACCUGGACACGCUCAAGAAGGUCCGGAUCUUUGCGGACUGCGAGGCGGGGCUGCUGGUGGAGCUGGUGCUGAAGCUGCAGCCGCAGGUCUACAGCCCUGGAGACUACAUCUGCAAGAAGGGCGACAUCGGCAGGGAGAUGUACAUCAUCAAGGAGGGGAAACUGGCCGUUGUCGCCGACGACGGCAUCAAGCAGUUUGUCGUCCUGAGCGACGGAAGCUACUUUGGAGAGAUCAGCAUCCUGGCUAUCAAAGGAAGUAAAGCAGGGAACCGGCGGACUGCGAAUAUCCGGAGCAUCGGCUACUCGGACCUGUUCUGCCUGUCCAAAGACGACCUGAUGCAGGCGCUGACGGAGUACCCCGACGCCAAGGCUCUGCUGGAGGAGAAGGGGCGGCAGAUCCUCAUGAAGGACGGCCUGCUGGACCUGGAGGUGGCGGCGCAGGGCCCCGACCCCAAAGAGAUGGAGGAGAAGGUGGACCGGAUGACGGGCGAGCUGGACGCCCUGCAGCACCGCUACGCCCGGCUGCUGGCCGAGCACGAGGCCACGCAGGGGAAACUCAAGCACCGUGUUACCCGGCUGGAGAAGAAGCUCCGCCCCCCGCCGCCGCCACCGCCGCCGGGGGCCCCGCCCCCGCCCGAGGCCGAGGCAUAGAACACCACAGAAGAAGAAGAAGAAGAAGAAGUAGGGUGUAAACUUGACAUGUUCUUAUACCGACACCAAAGAAAAUGCCUCCGAUA